UCGGGUAGAGGGAGUGUUUCCGGGUCAGCUCUGUGACCUUGAUGAGGUGUCCAUCAUGGCGGCUCUCGUGCGGUUGAGUUCUGUUUGCAACAGAGGCGCUAGAUCUCUGCUUUUCUCGAAUUUCCUCCUCGCCCGCCCGCUGGUUUCCACAAGGAAGAGCCGCGACCCCCCCACCCUGCUGGCCGCCCAGAUACACCUCUCCCCGGCACACCAUGCAGCCGGCUCGAAGGCGGCGUCUCUGCACUGGACGGGCGAGCGAGCCCUGAGUGUGGUCCUGCUGGGCCUGCUGCCCGCGGCCUAUCUGUACCCGGGUCCGGCCAUGGACUACUCCCUGGCAGCGGCUCUCACCCUCCACGGGCACUGGGGUUUGGGCCAGGUGGUGACGGACUACGUCCACGGAAGCAGCUCCAUAAAGGUGGCCAACGCCGGCCUCCUCGCCCUCUCGGCGGUCACCUUCGCCGGCCUCUGCUACUUCAACUACCACGACGUGGGCAUCUGCAAGGCCGUGGCCAUGCUGUGGACCCUGUAGCGGCAGGGGGCCGGGCGAUCAGGGCGCGUGACCCGGCUCCAGCCGACGGCACGCUCCUCCUGGGCCUUGCCCUCAUCACGUUCUCUUUGGACAACCUCCACAGCGCUUCAGACGUGAUUUGUCUUUCUUUGUUAAUGUUAUCCGAGAUUGCUUUGUUUAAACGUGAAGGAAGUUCGCCAAUCAGGUCCGUCUCAGGGGUCCGUUUGGAAAUCGUCUUGCGUUUCUGCUGAUCAGAAGUGGGGGGGAGGGGGGAUGGGGUAUUUAAGAAUUGAAAAAUGCUUUAAUCGGCGGCAGCAGCAGCACCAGCGAGAGGCAGGAAAUAGCUGAGCAGACAGGAAAUGCAGAGUCGUUCUUUGUUAAAACACACUCCUGCGAAGGGAAAUCAGUGGGGCAUGGUCAUAUACAUGCAGCACCUCUUCAUGAAAACAUAUACAGCAGAUCUAAACAUUAUUUGCUUUUUGCAAAUCAUUUGGGGGGGGUUUAAUGGAGCUCAGUUUAGGACCGACAUCCUCUGACGUUUAUUUUUCUUAAUUUCUGAUUCGGAUACAGCAUGGGGGGGGUAUCGUGUGGCCGCGGUUUCUAAGCGAGUGACAGCCACAUGGGGCGUGAGCUCUGGCUGUCCAGCUCGCUGCCGUCCCUGAUCGCCGUGUUGAUGUUUUCAGCAGCUGGCCAGCAGUCUCCUCCUCCUGUGGUUCCUCACGGCCCCCGCCGAGUGCUGGACUGCAGCUUGAUUGUUCGCCUAAGGUGUUUUCAGGAUAUCGGUGUGCAAGCUGAUUAGCGGUACCAGGGAUUGUUGGGGAAGUAGACUGCAUUUGCACUGCACUACGUUAUUCAUCAGCUCUUGACAACACACCUCAUUUUGCAAAAGCAGAGCCCCUUCAGCAGGCUCCCGCCUCGCUCAGGAACCGUUCGGGUUCCUAGGGCUCGCUCUGUCAUCCUGUGGAGCGGGUCUUGGGCAGGAUCACGGCGUUUCCAGAGCGCGGAGGUUUCGCUGGAUCUGCGAGCUCUUCCUGGCCACUGAGCUCCAUCCAUCUGUUUUCAGUGGCAGCUUCGUCCUUGGAGGGGGUGUGUGUGUGAGAGAGAGCCCACGUGGACAUGGGGAACACGCAGACUCCACCCAUUCGGACCCAGGACCCUAGAACUAUAAGGCACUUAAUGUCUCACCGCCAUGCUUGCUGGACACCACAGUAUAUGCUGAAAAGUUGCAGCGUGCCCACUAGAGGAGGAAAGCAGCAAAGAGCUAGCAGUAGGAGUGUCGGUUUUCGUGUCUUAUGAUUGUUCGCAGGAACCUGCGUCUUCGUUUUUUCAUUAAAACGUUUCAGAAAGU